AUGGAACAAUUAUUAAAAGAUCCAAUGUUCCCAGAGAUUGAUCAAUCUGUAUUAGACCAGCUAAUUGAAAAUCAAAUUAAUCAAGUAUUAAACCCAAAAGAUCACUCAAAUAUCAAAAAGAAAAGAUCAAGAAAUGGUUGUUUAAGAUGUAAGAAAUUAAAAAUUAAAUGUAAUGAAGGAAAGCCAAUUUGUGAUUAUUGUCAACAUAGAGGUGCUAAAUGUCAAUAUCCUAAACAAAUUACAUCAUUAUCUAAGAGAACAAUAUCCAAGGGUUCUCAAAAACCUAUAAAGAAUAUUAUAAUUAAUGAAUCAAAUGAAUCAAAUACUUCUUUAAUGGUGAAGAAUACUAUUAUAAUGGAAGUUGAUAUUCCACCAAAGUUAAAUUCAUUUGAAGAAAGGUUAUACAAGAUAUUUAUGGAUUUUGCACCAAGUUUUUUCACAUUUGACAUAAAUUUACAAGCAAAAUUAUUUUGGAUUAAUGAAAUUCCCAAAUUAUUUCCAAAUUCAAAAUUAAUUCAAAAUUCAAUAUUUGCAUUAAGUUCAACAAGAUUAUUAUACUUGUAUAAAUCUGAUUUUGAAAAAGCCAUUACCGAUUCAGAUAUUUCCACAAUAGAUCUUUAUAAAAAAUCUAUUGAAUAUCAAAACAAAGCUAUAACAACAAUGGAAUCAAUCCUAGAACUAACUCCACAUAAUCAAUUAUCCCAAGAUCAAAUGGGUCAAUUAACAAUAUCUAAAAUUAUCUUAUUAGGUACAAUGGCCAUUUUCCCUCAUUUAAUUGAUCCUGAAAAGACAAUUAAGACAUCAAAUUUAAUCAAAUUAAUUGAAUUUAUCAUCAAAACAAGUCCUACUACGACAACAACAGUUAAUCUAUUAAACAAUUCCAAAUAUAUACAACUUUUCACAAUGGAUGAAGAAAUUAAAGAUAUACCAACCACAGCGGCUAAUAUUCAACAACAACCAAAAUAUUUAUUCAUUGAAUACCUAAGAUCAUACAUCUCCACCAAACAUCCAAAUUCAUUUGAUCUUGAGAAAAUCACAUAUAAUGAUUGUAUAGCAAUGAUGGAAUUAGGUUGUAAUAGAUCAAGUUUUUUAAAUUAUCCAAUACCUUUUUUCAAAUCAUUAGUUAAAUUUAGUCGUGAUAAAGAUUUCCAUAAUUAUUUGAUUGAUGAAGAACAUACUGCUAUGAAGAUUGUUUUUUAUUUUAGUUGUAUUUGUUCAAUUUUAGAUAUUAGAUUAUUACCUGGCUUGGGGGUAUGGGAUGAAUUUAUUGAAAUUUAUAAAAAUUAUAGUUUUAAGAAAUUUGAUGGUAUGAUGGAGGAUAAAUUUGAUGAAAAUGUUUAUAAUUUAGUUAUUGCUAGAGGGAAUAAUGAAGUUGUUUAUGAUUUAAAUUUAUUAAAAUUUGUUGGAUUACCUAUGGAAAAAUUCCAAAAUGGAGAGAUUGAAUUAGUUGAAAAUGAAUUUAAAUGUGAUUUUAGAUUAUGA